GCGCCUCAUUUUCCCGCCGACGGUUAGGUCUAUCACGUGACAUGGGUCGGAAGAUGGCGUCUCCCACAGACGGGACCGACCUGGAAGCAUCCUUGUUGAGUUUCGAAAAACUUGAUCGAGCCUCACCAGACCUCUGGCCCGAACAAUUACCAGGUGUUGCUGAAUUUGCAGCAUCCUUCAAAAGUCCUAUCACCAGCUCUCCACCCAAAUGGAUGGCCGAAUUAGAACAUGAUGAUAUUGAUAUGCUGAAAGAGUUGGGCAGCCUCACCACAGCUAACCUAAUGGAGAAAGUACGAGGGCUACAGAAUCUAGCCUAUCAACUGGGAUUGGAUGAGUCUAGAGAGAUGACUCGGGGAAAAUUUCUCAACAUUCUGGAGAAACCCAAGAAAUAAGCCACAGCUUGUGAAUAAGAUAAAAUGGACUAUGAAUGUUCUUCCUUCCUUCCAGCACAGACCUCACAGCCCCGCACCGCUUCCUCAGGCCUGGGGUAUGUCGUCAGGAGCACACUUCUCUACUGCUUCUGUGGCUCUGCUUCUUGUUGAGGACAUUGGUUGGGAGAGAAGGAUCCGCUCUCCAUAAGGAUCAUCCAUAAGCAUUGAGACUUUGGCAUUGUAAGCCUCGAUCACCAGAAAGUCUUGUUUUAUUCUUCAGAGUGAAGUGCCACUUCUCUAUUUAUAGAGAUGAUGUAGCAUCUAUAUGGGGCCUUACCCUGCCUCCUUACGAUCCCUUCAUUGGUCCAGCUUAGUGAUAUCUCUGGUCUAAAUCAUACUAUUUGAAUUUGGUGCAUAUUGGGUGGGCCCUUUAGUCAUAUGGAUUUCUUAGACAGGUUGUCGAUGAGGAGAAAAGAUGACUCACUGGGAAUUUGGAAUUGGCCCAUAUAGGAUAUUAUUUCUAUCCUGAAAUAGCCUAGUAUGUCCUAGCUCCUAAGCAUUCACAUCCUGAGAAAUAGGAGUUUCCUAAAACAUCAUCUGAUCAGACAAUUCCUUACCUCUCAUUAUAGUUUUAUUUCCCAUUGUGGCACUUACUAUUUCUUCCAUUCUUGCUAAGGGGUAGCAGGAUAGGAGGGAGUGAUGGCUUGGUCCUUCUAGAGCUAGUUGUAAGGUGAAAGCUCUAUAAUGGGAACCUAAGCUAUCAUAUUAUGUCAUAAGAUAUCAUGGCUCCCUGGUAGUCUCUCAGUAUCAAACUACUAGAAGAGGCAAAGAAAAAAGAUUGCUCCUGGUUUAUGACUGGCUAUGGCAGGCAGUUCUGGCUCAGCUUAAUUCGGUGAGUCACAGCCUAAAGAUGGGAGAAAGUGAUGCUAUGAAAAGAGAACAAGUUAGAAGAGUCAGAAGGUCAGAGAGUAGAAACCCUCUUUAGCUUAAAGAAACGUGACUAUAUGGAGGGGCUAUAGCAUUAUCCUUGUAUCCAUAUUACUUCAUCUACAUUAAAACAUUUUGGCUAACAGAGAGAUCCUGGUUCAGAUGCAACUAUUCCAAAGCUCUGUAAUCACAUAUGUCACAGAGGAUAGGUUAAAACCCCAUAUGGGGAUUGAAAUAUCAAAUUUUCUCCCCCCCCCCCCAAAGUCUACAUUUUGCCAGUUCCCAUGUUUAUGAAAUAGAUGGAGAAUUAGAAUUUACCUAAAGUCCAAUGGAAUAUGACCAGCCCAAACAUUUGUUUGGUGUUAACAAACUGUCCUUCUUUGAAGGUAGAAAGACUUUCUAGUGUUCUUUGGUCUUAAUUGUCGUGGUGAGCAAAAUUUUCUCAGUUCAUCUGAGAAGAUGCCAUUUAUAAAACUUCUCGAUCAGUACUUUUAUGAUGCUUGUGCCCUAUUUGCUGUAGUAGAAUUACUAUUGGGUUUUCUCUCCAAUAAGGUUAAAUUACUUAAAAUAAUUCCACCAAGUAAGAGGAGAAAGAAAAUUAAAGAAAAAUUAGGAAUGAGGAGAAUGUUCUGUUUGGUUGCUAGUUAGAUUUGGUUUAGAAAAUUAAACCAUUUGAAGUUUCAUUUUUAAGUUAAAUAUAUUGCUGGCAUUCCUUUAUUUCACUAAAUGCGGUUGAGCUCUGUACAUAUUAUAUAUAUAUAUAUAUGUAUAUGCAAUCUAGCUGUGUGUGUGUGUGUGUGUGUGUGUGUGUGUGUGUGUGUGUGUGUGUGUGUGUGUGGCCCCCAAAUAAUGAUCUUAAUGUUAUAUUUUUCUUUUGCUGGGUAUUUUGGAGAAUUGAUAACAAGCACAUUGAGUGCUAUGGGAAAUUAAACAUGAGUAAUAUUGGAACAUAAACCUAGAACUCAUGUCUACAAUCAAACUAUGUCAUUGGUUCCCUGGGCCACUUUUGGUUGUCUUACCUUAGCUUCUUGUUCAUAGCACUUAAUUGUUCUCAGCAGUGCAGCAAAGUAGAUGCUUUUAAAUUGCAAUAUUUAUUGGUUUUGUUACCCUUAGAAAUGUUGAUGUAUUUUUAUAUUGAUAAUAUAAGUUUAUGUACAGUGUACGUAUGUAUGUACUUUACUUGUGGGCAGAUUAUUAUUUGUAUAUGGUGGUUGCUGUCAUAAUAAAUGUGUCUCAUUUUAUAGCAGGGCAUGGAAUUUUUCUAAAAGUUUCAAGUUACAUAUUUAAACCCUAGCCAUCAUUGGAAAGCUCUGCAUUUAAUAGUAAAGAACCCAGUUAUUGUAUUGGGGUAUGUUAAGUAUCUAGAAAUGGCUUGAAGCUCCUUGGAGAAUUCAGCUGUUCUUUAAAUACUAUAUGGUGGAAUUUUAAAUAGACUGUUUUAAAACAAAUAAUCCAGGGAUGGGUAUCCUCAUUCAUUGGCAUACUGCUAAAUAAUAGUCAAUGGCAAAUUGAAAUUAAACCCUGUUUUUUCAUCCUGGAUUAGUAUUGAUUUGCACAGGAGGCCCCUGUAGUAUUUUUCUGGAUUCUUUUCAACAUUAGUACCUAGGUCUGGCCCUAGGCAAAAUUGUGAAGUAGAUGAUUUGUCUUUGGCACCCAUGAGCCCUUCCCUUUCAGCACCUUUCACUUUCCCUAAGUGCUUAUCCUACUGUUCCCUGGCUACCCAGAGAGCCCUAUCUGAUUACUGUCCCACCUAGGCCUGCCCUCCCCAGGCACCCACACUAUAUUUGUCAUUUGUCGACUUGUCAUUGCCCCUAUGAGACUGUAAAAACUCCUUGAGGUCAGGGAUUAUAUUGUGUUUCAUCUUUGUAUUCUAGUGCAUAGCACAGUGCACCAGACAUUAAGAAGCGUUUAAUAAAUGUUUAUUGAACUGAA